GCAGAAAAUGUAAACACGACGCAAUUUUCUUUGGAUUUGCGCUUCAAAAAAUCUCCACCAAAAAUAAAAACAACGAAAACAACAAGAGUUGUAAUGAAACAAAAUUGCGUUGAAUGGUGAAAUAAAUGAAAUUUACAGCAAAUUGCUGUUUCGUUUUCUUCAAUUAAUAUUCAAAUUCAACAAUUUAACAAAUUGUAAAAGCGGAGAGAGGGUGGUCAGUGGUGGAACGUGGAAAAUAACAACAAAAAUUUGAGAAGUUCACCUGCAGCUGAUGACGUUGGCAGGUCGCAAAACGAAGGACAGCCAAAGGAUAACCAGCAGCAGCAGCAGCAACAACGACAACUGCACGAAAAAAAAUUGACGAAGUGCAAUUGAACGACAACUUAAAACGCAUACACACACAUACGUAUAAAGUUUUACAAAGAAGAAGACAAAAAUCCUUCUCCAAAAAAAGAAGAACGAAAAAAAAGAAGAUAAAGUGCACACAAGGUGGAAAAAAAGUGGUUUGUCAACUUGUUGGAAUGGCAAGAACAUUGCAGCAGUCGCAGCAGCAGCAGCAGCAGCAGCAAACAUAUCCCGACGAUUCCCUCGCAAAGUUACAAAAAAUUCAGUCUAAAUGCAGCAACGCCCGCGGAUAGAGGAGUAUAAGCUGCGCUGCAACAGGAAUUAAGGAAUCUCUGUGCAUCGUCGUCACCUCCACCCACCCACAUCUGCCUCGCGUUAAGAAACAGCAAGGAAAAAAGAAAAGAAGAGGCCUAGUCACAUUGGCUGGACAGCAGCAGCAGCAGCAGCAGCAUCAUGUCAUCCACUGUUACUCGCAGUGCCAGCGCCAGUCCCAUGGUUCUGAAUUGCGGCCUCAUCGACGCUAGUUUGUUCCCAUUGAAAUCCACAUCGGAUGUUGUCAAUCUGUUUCGACGUUCAUUAACCGAAACUUCCAAUUCGGGCAUUGAGCCUGAUUUGACAUUGCUAUCCAUCAUUGUCGGUUACAUUGAGUUAUCCUUGACCACGGGCGAGGCUGCUGCCCAGGCAGCCCAAGCGGCGGCACAAGCAGCAGCAUCGGCAGCAACUGACCCCUGUCUGACGAAUUCAACUGGAGCGACAGCCUCCUCCAAUCAUGAUGUCAUAAUGGGAAAUAGUGUGCCAUUUCCUGUGGUCACUCACGAACUGAUCGCUGGUCUCUAUAAGAAAUUCCAGACCAUACUCUCGGUGAUGGAUAAACCGAAGCCGCAUCGUCAGGCCACGCGUGAAAUCAUUAAGAAAGUCUCGGAUGUCAUUUGGAACUCGUUGAUACGCAGCAGCUACAAGGAUAGGGCUCAUUUGCAAAAUCUCUAUAGUUAUCUGUCUGGCAAUAAGUUGGAUUGUUUCGGUGUUGCCCUGGCGGUUGUGGCUGGUUGUCAGCUCCUUGGCUAUAAGGACGUACGAUUGGCCAUAUCGGAGGACCACGCUUGGGUUGUAUUUGGUCAAAAGCCACGUUUGGAGACUAUUGAAGUAACUUGGCACGGCAAGGGCAGCGAGGAUAAGCGAGGACAGGAUAUAAAUGCUGGCAUAGAGUCGGGCUCUUGGCUAUAUCUUGGUGGUUUGGCGGUAGUAUGCGAAAGGGGCAUGGAGGUGGCUGCGAUUUGUGCAGCUCUCAACAUUUCUUUGACAGCGAACAGCGAUUGUGUUGAGGUCGCUGAGUUGCAGCAACAAUUACUCUGGAUGCUCUACGAUCUGGGUCAUUUGAAACGUUAUCCCAUGGCGCUGGGUACUCUGGGUGAAUUGGAGGAGAUCAAUCCAACGCAUCGCACCAUCACCUGUGAGCAAUUGUAUCGUGAGGCCAUUGAAUCAUCGCGUCUUUAUUAUCGCAAUCAUCAUGUCUAUCCGUAUACGUAUCAGGGCAAUUAUUACAAUCGUUUGCUCAAGUAUCGCGAUGCAUUCGCCGCCUGGGCCAAUGCUGCGGAUGUGAUUCGUCUGUAUACGUAUCAGUGUCGCGACGAUGAAGAGAUUUACAAAGAGCUACUUGAUAUUGCGAAUGAGCUAAUACCAUAUGUUAUGAAAUCCGAGAGUUCCGGCCAUUCGGCACGCAGUAUUUUAAGAGACGCUGAAGUCUUUGCCAAUCUGCUACGUUUCUAUGACGGCAUCUGUCAAUGGGAGGAGGAUAGUUUGACUCCCAUUUUGCACAUUGGUUGGGCUAAGCCAUUGGUAAAUAAUAUUACCAAAUUUGAUUAUGAUGUCAGAUCACAGGUGAUGAUUAAAUUACCCGAGGAUUUGGAAGCAGAACAGCAACAGGCAGCAGCAGCAGCCGCAGCGGCUGAAGCAGCCAAACAAGAGGAUGCCAAACGGGAGGCUGCUCUUCUUCAAUUGGAGGGCAAUAAUAAUAUUAACAUUAAUUCGAUGGUUAAAAAGGAUGAGAAGUCGAAACCUUCAGAGCAAUUGCCCACAACAUUGGCCGAUCUAACUGCUGCUUGUGGUGAGAAGAUUUUGAAUCCGGAUUUUCUGCUCCAGGGCGGUAAUCAACCAUUUGCGGAGCAGAAGCAACAAAAUAACAGUGCUGGCAAUGAGCCAACUGAAGCUAAUAACAACAAUAGCAGUCAUAAUAAUAGCGAAAAGGAGGCUAAAACCAGCAGCACAAUAACAGCAACAAUUGCAACAGCAACAACAUCAACAAGUACAACAAGCAAUGGAGGCAGCAGCAGCAGCAGCGGCAAUCCAAAUGCAACUAUUGAGACUCCACAGGAACCUAAAGAAGCUAAGCUGGAGGAGAAGCAGAAGCAGAUAGAAGUUAAAGCACCUCCAACUCCAACCGAUGACUAUGAGGAAUAUGUACAAAUUAUGCUCAAACGUCCAGUUAUUACAUUGUAUAGUCAAAAGAUGAAGGGACUAAAGGAUUUAUUGCUGGCUGAGAAGUUGAAUACCCAUGCCAUAUCCUUGCAGGUGACCGCCCAAUCGGUGGCCUCACGAAAGGUGCGCGGAGUGGCCGAGAAACAGCAGACGGCAACAAUUUCGGCCACAAUAACGGCCAUAACGACAGAGAGUGGUGGAACUGGUGGGUCUUCAGGUGGUUUACAAGCAACACCAACUGGAAUGGGUGGAGCAGGUAGUUCCGUGUCCUCAGCAGCUGGAGGAGGAAAUGUAGCGAGUGGCGACUCAAUAGCCGCCUCUCGCCCCAAGCGAACGCGUCGCGAGUAAAAUCUAACGAGUGGCAAGCGAGGACAAGAACGAGUAACGAGAGGAAUACGACAUAUAUAUAUAUUCAAUCCUUUUUAUUAUAUAUAUAUGUAUUGUAUGCAUUCAUAUUUUUGUCAAUGUUCAAUGUGUAUUUAUGUAGUUUGUAAGACAAGAGCGCAAAAUUUAAUCCGUUAGAGAACGCUUAGCGUUUUAAAAAACAAAAAAACAAAGUGAAAAUCAACAAGAACGAACAAGCACACA